AUGUCGGCCGAUCUCAGGGGGCCAACGCUGCUUGCCGCCCACACAUGGAUCCCCGCUACCCUCACCGUCUACACUCAGCUGAUGUUUGACGCCGGCAUCCGUUUCCAGUCGUUACUGAGCGCGGCCAAUGUGCCGAUUUGUGGGCAGGAAUGUCGGACAACGCCUCGGGCCUUGAAGACGUCCGAAUGCGUGCUUCGGACGUACCAGCAUUUUGACGGCACGGUUCUGAGCAAUCCCGUCGGUGACUUUCAACAGCGUCCGAACUCGCCGCGCGGUGGGACUCGGACGUACGCGACGGUGCAUUGGGACCCUGACCCUGACCUAGUCAAGACCUCACCGACGGCAGGCUAUGCCAUCUCUUUUCACACCGAGGUGCUGACGAAAAUCCCGUAUCGCGGAUGCAUACGUGAACCAGUGCUAUUAAUCCAGGGCAACUGCACAUGGGACGGUCGCGGUCUGAGCUCUAUACCGGCAACUGUCUUCUCGUUUGCGAACCAUACCAUUGCCACCGCCGGACACGCCGCAGUGGACGAUUCUGAAGGUCAUGCCCUUUACUCAGGUGGCACCUAG